UCACCCUCCUCAACUCUAACUGGUAGGACUAUUCUUGACUCAUUUCACAGAUUAGGAAACAUAGGUUUCCAGAGUAUAUUGGCACCUAUAUGGCUGUUAACAUAUUUUUUAUAUUUAAAUAGCCUCCUCUAUUCAAAGCCAAGUAAAGUCCGACGGUGGGAAAUAUAGUAAUACCCAAGAGACUUCAAAGGAAUAAAAAGAUCUUGAGUUGUGCAAAGAUCUAAAUUAUGCAAGCUGCAGAAAUCCUAGGUGGAUAUUAUGAUAUCUUUCAGAUCAUUUUCUAUCCUCCAUGGUGGUAAACAACCUUGUAGAUCCAUAUGGUAGGUUUCUUACCCGUUUUGUUGUCCUGGACUCAUUUGGCCUUCUGAUGAGUCCAAUGACUUUCUUCUCAGAAUAAUGUUUUAAAAUGCAUAAUGGAAAGAAGAGCAAUGACACUGAAAUACAGUUCUAGCAUCUGAACCUAGGAGUUUCAAGCAUUUCUGCUCUGCCCUCCUCUCUUCCCCGAGUCUACCAGGCAGAUGUUCUCUCCCUUCUUCCGAAAGAUAAGGAAGAGACAUCCAAGCAGGUUUGUAGGUUACGUGGGUGGGAAGGAGUAUGGGAUGGGCUACUGAGGAGGUGUUUCUGAGGUGACAUCAAUGUCUUCCUUCCUCUUCCUUUCCUCUUCCCUCUAGAAUCUCCUCAUUUCUUUUAGCUUCUCCUUCCUUCUCCAGAUCAAGUCCAAUUUUUCUCCUUUUACAUCGUUUUUUUUUAAAUUCUAGGCCCCGCCCACUCUUCUAGACACGCCCCAUCCAGGGCCCCGCCUCCCUAUAGGCCCCACCUCCUGCCGUAGUCCCGCCUUCUCCUCAGUUCUCUGCCAAUCACACUGUGGCCGCCGUGUCGCCACGCCCCGGAGCGCACACCGAGCGGGCCCGCGGCCUGCGCUCCGGGCGGAGGAUCCCGGGCUGCGGAGUAUGGAGCCGGCGGCGGGCGGCUUCUCGGAGGAGCAGUUCCGGGAGGCCUGCGCAGAGCUCCAGCAGCCCGCGCUGGCCGGGGCCGACUGGCAGCUGCUGGUGGAGACCCUGGGCAUCAGCAUCUACCGGCUGCUGGACCAGAAGACCGGACUGUAUGCGUAUAAAGUCUUCGGUGUUCUGGAGGACUGCUCACCAGCUCUGCUCGCUGAUGUCUAUAUGGACUUAGACUAUAGAAAGCGGUGGGACGAGUAUGUUCAAGAACUCUAUGAACGUGAGUGCAAUGGACAGACAGUGGUCUACUGGGAAGUGAAGUACCCUUUUCCCAUGUCCAACAGAGAUUAUGUCUACACACGGCAGCUGCGAGAGCUGGACAUGGCCGGGCGGAAGAUCUGCGUGGUCCUGGCCCAGAGCACCUCAGUGCCUCAGCUUCCGGAGAGGCAGGGGGUGGUCCGGGUGAAGCAGUACAAGCAGAGCCUGGCGAUCGAGAGUGAUGGCAAGAAGGGGAGCAAAGUUUUCAUGUAUUACUUCGAUAACCCAGGUGGCCAGAUUCCGUCCUGGCUCAUUAACAUGGUUGCCCAGAGUGGAGUUCCUAACUUCCUGAGAGACAUGGCGAAAGCCUGUCGGAACUACCCCAAGAAAACCUAAGAUGAGGAAUUGGGAACGUUGCAUCCAUGGGGCGAUGUCUCUGGAAGUGCCACCACCCACCGAUGCCCAGCCUUCCUCUCUUUCCGUUUUCAGAGGCCUGCACGUUCUAGCACGUCGUUCCCUGACGCUGGGCUCCCUCGCCUGCUUCCUUUCUCACUCUCCCCACCCUGGGGCUGGCUGCCUCUUCCACUAUUGAAUACAGGGCAGACUAGGGAAACCUCCACUUGUUUAUUUUUAAGAAGGGAAGUCUUCACUAAGGGAACACCAUCAUUCUAUUGUGCCGUUUUAGGGGGAUGGGUGGGUGGAGGGCCGGACAACAAAACGUAAGAGUGACCGUUCCCGCCAAGCUGGCUCCUUCUCAGAAUGUGAUUUCUUCCAGCCCAGGAGGGGCUGCUGGAAGAGGCAUUCCAUUCAGGG